AUGAUUUUCAGAGGAGCUACGAUCGCUGGAACUAGCUUCACAGCAUCUAGGAAAAUGAAAAUCUCGGUAACUCGUGAAAAGAGAACUCGGGAGCUUCCGGAAGAUGAUGCAAUUACUUUCUCCGAUGAAGAUGCAGCAGGCGUCACUUUACCCUAUAACGACGCUCUUGUCAUUACCGUACUCAUUGGUCGCAGACAAGUCAAACGGGUCAUGGUAGAUACACGGAGUUCUGCUAAUAUCCUUCGCUUGAAGGUGGUGGAAGAAAUGGGACUUCUUGAAAAGAUGAUACUUGCUGCAAGGACGCUUUUCGAGUUCAAUAUAGCCAGCGAGACCACCAAGGGCGAAAUUGACUUGCUCGUGGGAGCUGGUGGGGUCACAAAGUUGACGAAGUUUUAUGUGAUUGGCGGCGAUAUGCAGUACAACGCUAUUUUUGGGAGACCCUAG